UGUUGACCAAAGCUAAACCGGAAUAAAAAUAACUGUGACGAAUGUAGGCCCAUCAUAUUUACUGAGGAUAAGUUGAAAUAUCCUCAUAGAUAUUCUAUUCGAGAGGAACUUUUUAGGUUUUCAUCAGUGAUAGGACAGAAACGUGGAAUAUCUAUCCAGCCGAUCAGUAUUUAUAUUCGACUUGCCAUGGAGGCCAUGUUGAAGAAGGAGCUUGGAACCUCAAUGCUGAAGUAUACUGGAUACUCUGGAGGGGGCUGUAUCAGCGAAGGCCAGAGUUAUGAUACUGAUAAUGGCAGAGUUUUUGUGAAGAUAAAUCACAAGAGUCAGGUUCUUAAUUUUGUUUUUGUAUGCAUCACAUGCACAAAUGCUAUCACAAUAAAGGCGAAACGGAUGUUUGAUGGGGAAAUGGCAAGUCUGGAUGCUAUUUUACAAACAGAAACCAUUAAAGUCCCGAAGCCUGUGAAAGUCAUUGAGCUGGACACAGGGGGAUCUGCGUUUGUCAUGGAACACCUGGACAUGAAAGGUUUGACAAAGUACUCCACACAGCUUGGAGAGAAAUUGGCAAAUCUGCACCUUCACAACAAGAGAAGUCUGGAUAAGCAAAUGAGAGAACAACAAACCGUAGGAAAAGGAGCAGGGCUUUCUGAAAUGCCUCUCGUCGAAAAAUAUGGGUUCCAUGUCGCUACUUGCUGUGGUUACCUUCCACAGGAAAACGAGUGGCAGGAUGACUGGGUGACGUUCUACUCCAGACACAGACUACAGCAUCAACUAAACAUGGUGGAAAAGUCUUGUGGUGACAGAGAAGCAAGGGAACUAUGGUCCCAUCUACAAUUGAAGAUCCCGCAGCUGUUCACUGAAGUGGAGGUUGUGCCCGCCCUCCUCCAUGGAGACCUAUGGGGAGGCAAUGUGGCCCAGACCACAGAGGGACCAGUCAUAUUCGACCCCGCCUCCUUCUACGGCCACUCUGAGUACGAGCUGGGCGUCAUGGCGAUGUUUGGAGGUUUCAGCAGCUCGUUCUACGCCGCAUACCAUGAGAACGUUCCAGAGGCUCCUGGCUUUACGCAGAGAAACCAGCUCUACCAACUUUUUCACAACCUCAAUCACUGGAACCACUUUGGCGGUGGCUACAAGGGCUCUUCGCUCCGAAUCAUGAAGGACCUUGUGAAGUGAAGGCCUCCUCCGUGGCACUCCGUGGAAUAGCUUGUGUGUAACAAAGAAACAAAGUACAAAUGUGGAAGAUUUCAACCAGCUCAAAGCUUAAAAUAACUGUACUAUAUGCUGUUCAAUAGAUAUUUCAAUUAUUGGGUCAAUAAAAGCUCAUGCUAUAACAAUUACAACAAAAAAAUGUAUUUCCUGCAGAAAAUGCGAUGAGUGCUGUCGUGCAAAGAGAGCUUGAACAGACAUAAAGAAAUGUUAAAUGGUUUAAAUCAAGUGAACGGAUUUCAAAAGUCUGUUUAUGUUACAAUAUUUAAAAAAAAAAUACUAAACCAAAGAACUUAAUGUUAAAGUAAAAAUAUGUUCAAGUAAUAAUAUUUACUUGUAAAAUGAACAGAUUACUGUAGUUUAAACACUAAAAAACAGUAAUACAAAUAGCAAUACAAUUUUGUCAGAGUUACAACAUGUAACUGUUUAAAUAAUGAUUUUUGCCAGUUUUUUCUUAAACAAGAAAACCGUAGGCGUCGUCAAAUUGUCUUAACAUAAAAACGAGGCAUUGAGAACUUUGUAAGUGUAGUGAUUGUUUAUUAUAAAGGACAUUUUAUAAACACAAUACCAUCAGUAGAUCACCCGUCGACGCCACUUUGUUUUUAAGACUUCAUAGGUAGAUUGACGAGCACAGAGAUUAUGACAUCCGUCAGCAACACGCAAGCUCUGUUCGUCAAUCUACUUACUCAGUAAAAGUUACAGACAAAUUGUUACAGAAUUUGUAUGCAAUUGUGAAGUUUUGUUUUUGUGUUGCCUCACUUGUAUGUGUAGCAUAAUAGCUCGUUUUCAGAAAGUGGCAAUUUUUUAUAUUAUUUCUAAUUAGAAAAUUAAGAAGCUAUUCUAAAAAUGCACUACCAUUUGAAAAGGUGAACGUGACCUUAGUUUUUCCUCUAAAUUAUCACUGUACACUCAAAGUUCAUCUUAUCUGUAUAUAUACAUAGUGUUACUUGAAAACUGGCUAAUGUAUUUCUUGAUGACCACAAGCCAAUAGCAUGUUGCUAGCUACAGUGGGCCCCCUUUGUUUACAUACCCUUUAUCUACAUAGUUAUAUGUUUUUAACUAUAAGUUACAAAUUGACAGAACCUGGGCUUUGUAUUAACACCAGAUUUAUUUUUCGGUGCACACACAGUACGGACAGAUAGCAGAUCGUGAGGAUAUAUUCAAUGAUUUCGACAAACAGUAUUCUCCAGAAUUGCUGACUCCAUCUUUGAAGGGUGUUAAGAAUUCUACUUGUCGGAAAGUCUGCCUUUAUCGUUCCUCUUUCAGUACCAACAAUAUGGCAAAUAAUUGUUCAAAUGUCAUUUAUUUUGCUUGUGAAGCACAUUAUGAGUAUGUUUGGAAAUGUAAAAUGUUACCUUCUGUGAGAUUAAUAAAUUCCUGGAAAGGCAAGUUAUUAGAUUUAUUUCCUCUUUAAGUGCACUAACAUAGACAUUUUGAAUGCCUAAUCUGUUAACGCUGUUUUACACAUUCUUUGUAAAGGGCAAACAUUUAGAAAAGAUGGCACUGCAGUUUAAAAGACAAUUGUCUGAAAUAUUAUUCAAUCCGCCUGUAAUGUAUAGAAAAGUUAGUAUUCUGCUGAGAUCUAAUCCUAGCAAGUGGUGAAAAAUUAUUUUUAGGCAGUUUCACUGAGAUUAAUACUCAAAACUAGUCAAAACUAGUUUUUAUGCCCUUUGUAAUGAAUACAUUUGCAGUAU